AUGACUGUCAAGUUGGAGAUCGCCUUGGCCGUUUGCUUACUGCUGGCGCUUCAAGCUCUGGCGAAGCAAGAAAGGCUUAUGAAACCUGAACUGAACAUCAAACGUGAUUAUAUUAUAGUGGAAGCUGGAGAUUCGUUCAGUAUAACUUGCAGGGGCUCAGCGCAUGGAUUGACCUGGCAAGCUGGAGAUGAACAGAUCACCCACAGCAAGCGAUGGCAUGUUCACAAGCAGAAGUGUUCAGACAAGCCAUGGCAUUCCUGCAGCACCAUUGGUAUUAACCGAGCUGUGGCCAACGACACUGGCUAUUUCACCUGCUUUUAUGACCAACCCCCCUUCACGGAGGAACUGAAAGCCAAGUUAUAUGUCUUCGUUAAAGAUCAGUCACAGCCUUUUGUGCAACCCCACCCAAAAUACGCAGACCUCAUCAAGGUGUACAACCAUACAGAUGUGAUCAACGUGCCCUGUCGCGUCACCUCACCAGAGAUCAAACCGGAGCUGCUGGUGCAUCAAUCCUCCAACCCUCUCACCUAUGAGAAGAAGGAAUGGGACCCAAAGAAAGGAUUCAUUAUCACUUCACCCUCCACUGAGUUCUUUGCUAAAAUGAUCAAGUGUGUUGUUACAAUCAACGAGAUGCAAUAUGAAACAUAUUACUUGACCCUGAGAAUGGAGGAACGCAUUUGGAAUGUGGAUGUGAAAGCAACUCCCAAAAAACUCUUGGUUGGAGAAACCCUUAACUUGGAAUGCAAAGGGCAGACAUACUGGGGUGGACGGUUAGAAUUUAAAUGGACAUUCCCAAGAAAGAGGGAAGUAAGGAUACAAAAGAAUUUUGACCAGAGUCAAUCCGUGUACAAAGCCUCUAGUAAAGUGACUAUCACGAAUGUUACAAUAGAAGACAAAGGAUAUUACAUUUGCAAAGUGAUCAGUAAGGGUGAAGGAGGCAUUGAAAUCAACACUACAGUCACAAUAUUCACACAAGCUUUCAUUAAUUUCGUAAAAAAGCGGCAACAUGUGUAUUAUGAGGCCAAUGCAGGACAAAAAGUACUGAAGCUGGCUUGGAAGGUGGAUGCGUUCCCUCCUCCUGCUGUGACUUGGUACAAAGAUGGCCAUCAGAUUAAAGGCAAUGACUGCUAUGAUUUAGAGUCUGAGAGAUACAGGAUAAUCAUCAGGGAUGUGAGACCGAAGCAUGCUGGGAACUUUACCCUAAAUUUGAGCAACCCGAAACAUGGUCUCCAUAAAAAUCUCACCAUCCAACUCGUUGUCCUUGAGAGACCUCACAUUUAUGAAAAGGAGACUGAUUUUUCCAACACUGAGCUGGUGACUAAAGGAAGAGAGCACAGCCUUCAAUGCACAGCGAGCGGAUGGCCUCUGCCCUCCAUACACUGGGAAUGGGAGCCCUGCAGCCAUACAGACAACCAAUGCAACCCACGUGGAGAAAAAACCAAGGUCCAGAAAACCAGCAGACUUGAAGCUCCAUAUUUAGCCAACAGGAUUAAGGACAUCAGAAGUAUGCAGUUUAUGCAUGGCACUAUGUUAAAGGUCUUGAGCACUCUGACCAUGACAGCGAGCAACGUCUCAGGAAUCUAUCACUGUGUGGCUUCCAACAAGUUGGGCACUGAACAGAGGAACAUCAGGUUUUAUAUCACAGACAUGCAGUCCAGCCUAGAGGCAGACUCCCAAAUGACAGCUAUUGUGACCAGCCACGUCCAGAUGACCUGCAAGUGCUCCAAGUACCUUUACGAUCAUCUCACCUGGUACGACCCCACCUUGCAGGAAGUCCCCACAGCUCUCACCCAGAAGAAGGUGGACAACUAUUCCAUCUCCUUAGUGCUGGACAUCCAUAAUGUUUCCCAGGCUCACGCCGGGCUUUACAAGUGCCGAGCAUCAAGCUACGAUAACCGCACCAAACAGCUGGAGAAAAGCACCAUGCUCUGCAUAAAAUUUAAGACGGUGCCUUACAUUAUGGAGAACUUUACCAACUUGGAGGUUAAUGUGAGCGGGACCAUCUUUCUGGAGUGCAAAGUCAACGGGAUCCCCCAUCCUACUAUUGCUUGGCUGAAAAAUGGCCACCGCAUUGCCCCUGCUUCAGGAAUUUCCAUGGAAAACAAUACUUUGGUGAUUGAACGAGUGAAAAAGGAUGACGAGGGUCAUUAUGAAUGCCAAGCGAUCAACGAGAUGGGUCAAGACAGCACCCGGGCGUUUAUUAAAAUAGAAGGCUCUGAAGAAAAGUCCAACAUAGAAGUCAUCAUCCUGGUUUGCACUGGCCUAGCAGCCACUCUCUUUUGGCUCCUUCUGACCCUCUUCAUACGGAAACUCAGAAAACCAGAUGCCACCGAUAUUAAAACUGGAUAUCUGUCCAUCAUAAUGGAUCCAGAGGAGAUGCCCCUGGAUGAGCAGUGCGAGCGUCUUCCUUACGACAGCAACAAAUGGGAGUUCCCAAGGGAUCGGCUGCGGCUGGGUAAAACUCUGGGUCAUGGUGCUUUUGGCAAAGUGGUGGAAGCGUCUGCUUUUGGCAUAGAUAAGUCUUCAACCUGCAAAACAGUGGCUGUUAAAAUGCUUAAAGCAGAGUGUGCAACGACCAACGAGUGCAAGGCCCUGAUGUCGGAAUUGAAGAUCCUGAUCCAUAUUGGACAUCAUCUAAAUGUGGUCAACCUACUGGGGGCCUGUACCAAGCCUGGAGGUCCUCUGAUGGUCAUUGUAGAAUAUUGCAAGUAUGGAAAUCUGUCUAAUUACCUGAGAGGGAAACGAGGGGAUUUCAUUAUAUGCAAGUCACCAGAAAAUUCAGACUGCUCAGAGAAAGGACUGAAGGAGUCGAUAAGUGACUUAACAGAGCUCAUUAAGAGGCGUCUCGAAAGCGUGGCCAGCACGGGCAGUUCUGCCAGCUCUGGAUUUGUUGAAGACAAGAGUUACACAGAUUCUGAUUCAGAAGAAGAAGAUGCUGAAGAUCUUUACAAGCGACCUCUGACUUUGGAGGACUUGAUUUGCUACAGCUUCCAGGUAGCUAAAGGCAUGGAGUUUCUGGCCUCAAGAAAAUGCAUACAUAGAGAUUUGGCUGCCAGGAACAUUCUUCUUUCUCAAAAUAAUGUGGUGAAGAUUUGCGAUUUUGGAUUGGCCAGAGAUAUAUACAAAGAUCCUGAUUAUGUGCGGAAAGGGGAUGCCAGGCUGCCCCUGAAAUGGAUGGCUCCAGAAGCAAUUUUUGACAAAAUUUACACAACUCAGAGUGAUGUCUGGUCCUUUGGUGUGCUGCUGUGGGAAAUAUUUUCCCUGGGAGCUUCUCCUUAUCCAGGAGUCCAUAUUGAUGAGGACUUUUGUCGACGUCUCAAGGAAGGAACACGGAUGAGGUCUCCAGAGUAUUCCACUCCAGAAAUCUACCAGACCAUGUUGGACUGCUGGCACAGUGUCCCAACCGAGAGACCCACUUUUACCAACCUUGUGGAACGUCUAGGGGAUCUGCUCCAGGCAAAUGUACAGCAGGAUGGGAAAGACUAUAUCCCACUGAACAUUACCUUGUGUCCUGAUGGAGAGUCCAACCCGAAGAUCUGCAUCUUGGAAGAGAACGUGAGCAACUUCAUUCACCGCUGGAGUGCUAUAGAAGCAAGCAUUAACUCCAAGAACCGGCCACUCAGUGUGAAGACCUUUGAUGAGGUGCCUGUAGAGAAGGGGAAGAUGAUACAUGAGGACGGCGAGUCAGAUAGCGGGAUGGUGUUGACCCUGGAUGAAGUCAAGAGCCGGAAGAGGCUGGAGAUCCGAUCCUGGCCAUAUGGAAUCAUGGCUCUUGCGAGGAAAGCGAUCAACAAAAGCAAGGAAUCCGUAUUCAACGAGCACGAGCGAGAAUCCGUGAAGUACCGUCCAAGCGUUCCGGUGGAGGACGACCUGAUGGAAGACUCCAUUCUUCUGCCGAUGGAUGCCAGCCUGGAAUGCCACAGCCCACCUCCUGAUUAUAACUCUGUGAUCCAGUACUCAGCUCCUCCAGUGUAGCCAACUAGCCUGGGGUGACUG